CGAUGCCGAUGUAAACGUCGGUUGUGUUAUGUUUUGUCUCCCGCGCAAAAAAGCAACAGUGCUCGAAAAGGUUAAGGACGACGUUGUGUUCUUAUCUUUGGGGACGCAAGUCAUAUUACCCUGGAUGAGCGCGUACGGGUGAUUAUGGCAACAAUAGAGGUUUCAUUCCUACCGAACGGGCCACCCGCGAAAAUAUUGAAAUGGAAGGUACGCUCGGACACAAUGGUCGCGACGGGUAGAGUGUUGUUGCUGUACCAAAAUUCGACGCCAGAUACGAACGAGAAUGAUGCCAAGGAGCCUGAGAAAAAGCUGCGAGCUACAACAUUCGGCCGUGUUAAGCAAAUCCUGGCCAAAGAGGGUGACAUCGUUCAGCCUGGGCAAGUGAUAGCUCUAUUGGAAGGAUGUACACACCCUACUGUUAUGAUAGACUUAUGUGCGGAAUGUGGCGCAGAUUUAAGGGUACAAGAAUCUGGCAAAAAUGGAAAUACCGCUGGAGUAUCACAAGCUAGUGUGCCUAUGGUACAUAGUAUACCAGAAUUGAAAGUAUGUCCAGAACUAGCUGAGAAAAUUGGAAAAGAGGAUGAGCAACGUCUUUUAAAAGAUCGGAAGUUGGUGCUACUUGUAGAUUUAGAUCAAACAAUUGUUCAUACCACAAACGACAAUAUUCCACCUAAUUUGAAAGAUGUUUUUCAUUUUCAAUUAUAUGGACCAAAUUCUCCAUGGUAUCAUACCAGAUUAAGACCAAAUACCAGGCAUUUUCUCUCGGAAAUGAGUCAGUUGUACGAAUUACACAUUUGUACUUUUGGAGCAAGGAUUUAUGCACACACUGUUGCAUCAUUGCUAGAUAAAGAUGGAGUUCUGUUUUCUCACAGGAUACUUUCUAGAGACGAAUGUUUUGAUCCAGCAUCAAAAACUGCAAAUCUCAAAGCUCUGUUUCCAUGCGGCGAUGACUUAGUGUGUAUCAUAGACGAUAGAGAAGAUGUAUGGCAAGGAUGUGGAAAUUUAGUUCAAGUCAAACCUUAUCACUUUUUCCGUCAUACAGGCGAUAUUAAUGCACCACCAGGAUUGGAAAAGAGUGACUUAUUACGCUUGCCUGACCCGAUGAAUACAAAUGAAUUAUGUGUAAAUGAUUUGCAGAAUAAAGACAGUACGAAUGGCGUGUCUGAAUCAUCAAGUGAACCCGCACAAUUAUCGUCAGAUAAUUCUUCAGAAAAAGAAAUAAAUCAUCAAGAAGAUAAAAAAGAUGAGAAAACUGAAAACACAACGAACGAAACAAACGAAAUAAAGAAUGGAGAUACCAAAGCAAGCGUUGGAAAAGAUGAAGAGUCCAAUGUUCAGUCUAACAUUACAAAUAAGGAUGAUAAAGAAAAUAAAGAAAUGCCGAAAUCUGAAUCUGAACUUGAACCUGAUCCUGAACUUGAACUUGAACCAAAACCUGAACCUAAACCUGAACCUGAACCUGAACCUGAACCUGAACUAUCUACAGAAAAGGAUAGUAAACAAAAAAUGCCAAAAGAGGAGAAUAACAUAAUAGACGAAGAUGAUGAUGAUUAUCUGUUAUAUCUGGAAGAUAUUCUUCGAAGAAUUCAUACGGAAUUUUAUGCUACAUUGGAUCAAGGCAACGGUCGAAAAUCUUUGCGGGAUAUAAUCCCACGAGUGCGUUCGCAAGUUUUGAAAGGAUUAUGCUUGACUUUUAGCGGUUUGAUACCUACUCAUCAGAAGCUUCACCAAAGCCGCGCGUAUAAAGUUGCGAGAGCUUUCGGAGCAGAAGUAACUCAAGAUUUGACAGAGAAAACUACACACUUAGUCGCCAUUAGAAAGGGUACGGCAAAAGCGAACACAGCUAGAAAAGAUGCAAACAUAAAGAUCGUAAAUCCGGAGUGGUUGUGGACGUGCGCAGAGCGCUGGGAGCACGUGGACGAACGUUUAUUUCCUCUUACAACACAGGCCCGCGGAUCGAGAGUACCACCGCCACACUGCAGUAGUCCCGAACGUAUUGAAGACAUAGAAAAUGACAGCGCAAGCUCUUUCGCCAAUUCUAUUAAUCCAUUAAUGUCGUUCACUCAAGAAGAGAUCGAAUUUAUGGAUAAAGAAGUAGACGAAGACAUGGAGGAACAAGAUAUAGUUUUUGAAGAUGGGGAAGAUAUGGAAGAUAUGGAAGACAUGGAAGAUAUAGAAGAUAUGGAAGAUAUGGAAGAUAUGGAAGACAUGGAAGACAUGGAAGACAUGGAAGACAUGGAAGACAUGGAAGAUAUAGAUGACAUACAAGAGUGUGGUAGAAGGAUACAUCGACGAAGUUCUGAUUCCGAAGAUUCUAUGAACGAUGAAUUGGGUGUAUCCAAAAGAAAGAAAAGAAAGAUUUACAAUGGCAAUUCUGAUAAAAGCUCUUCAGAAGAUAAAGAUGAUAAUAACGACAGUAAUGAUGACGAUGAUGAUGAUGAUGAUGAUGAUGAUCUUGCUGCACGUUUUAGACGAGGAGGAGAUUUACCUGAUGAUUUAGAUCUAGAUGAUAAUUCACAGGAUGAUUCAAUAGAUGAUUUUGAAGAGGGGGACAAUGAAGACGAUCGAGAGUGGAAUGCGCUAGGUGCUGCGCUUGAAAGAGAGUUCCUCUCUGAGUGACAUGUUUAAAUAUUAGUAUUCUGAUUAUUGGACGAUAAUCCAAUCCAUUCAGGAUGUUUUGCGUUAUUUAUCAAGUUCGAUAGAGCGAAAGCAGGGUUAUUGAUAAUAAACAUUAAAUUAUUUGUGUAUGCUCUGAUGUUUUAGUACAGAGCAAGAUACUACAAACAUGAAACAUUUCAAGAGAGUAGACUAAAAUGUUAAUCUACGAGACAAAAUAUAAAAAAGUGAAAAAUUUUCUGCAUAGAACAGUUGAAUAAUCGCUCUAUGUUAAAUCUUCAAAUUUUGCACAUAUAGUCCGGUCGCUAUCUUUAUAUGGAAGAUAAAAAUAAAUCACGUGAUUGUUUUUUAAAAAAGCAAUUCGUAAAUAGCAAUUAUAGGAUUGUGAAUGAUACAUUAUUAUUAAACGUUGAGAUAUUUUCUCAUGUAAAAAGAACAUGUCAAAAACUGAUUUUAUCAUAAUAUUAGAAAAUAAAACUUAUUUUAUCUAAUAUUUUUAGAGCUACACUUCAAUAUUAA